AUGCCUUGCUUGAAUGGGCUUCACCAGCGCACUGAGGAUGCCCCAGACGUGACCUUGGAAGACAUUCAAAAUGUCCUUGCAGCCCUCGACAAAGUGGUGUGGCGUGAGGGAACAUUUAGCCUCACUUCCGAGAAGCUUCUCACUACAAUCGCCGACUCGGACAGAGAUAUAAAGCAUGACUCCUCUCCCUCACCCCCGUGUACCUCAUCGCAGCCAGAUCCUCCCCACUUAGCAGCUAGUCACACAUCUUUACAUGAAACCAAGUCCACGAUAGACACGCGCAGGGCUCCGGAGAUACCAGCACCUCGUAGCAGCAUUCCUGGAUCGAUUCAAGCUCCAUCCGUUGCGCAGCCGUCCAGUGCUCAUGCCCCAUUGGUGACCUCAGUGUCUUCCUCUACCUGUGACUCGAACGGGAAAACGCAUAGCACGCCUAAUCCUAACCUUUCAACCGCCACUGCAAGUAUGGACACAGUUGGGAAAGCUGUGGUGGACGACAUUGCCAGCGACGACACCCGCACCUCAAAUACGCGGAUGACGUCUGUGCACCCGUCGGAUCCCCCGCAUCCGCUCGCGUGCACGGGGCUUCUGGGUUCGCGAAGUUGCUUUGUGCCCACUUCCCUGUCACUAGGGAUGCGGCCCUCAAAGCAAAGCCUUUCCCUCUCUUCGAUGUACUCGAGAUCGGUUGUGGCGUUAAGAGAAACGGGCAGCAGCUGGCUCUCUCACCGCUCUCCCGGCGCCGUUACUCCAGUGAUGCAAAGCAACAGCGAUUCCCCGGUUGCAGAAGCCAAGGUGACAACGUCUGUAGCAGACGAGGCGCGGCCGCUGUGCUGCGUCCGCUCUCUUCCCUUCUUCCGCAGUUCCGAUUCACCAUCGCCACCAACGGUGGAGACAGAGACUCUCUCAUCCCCCAUAGUUCAUGCGCCCACUGCGUGCGCUACAGAUACCUCUACUGCACCUUCUGCAGUGCCAGCAGAGAUGCCUCAAUCAGUUACAGGUUCGGUGGUUGAAGAGGAACUGCCAUCAGCGACCAUACCGUCAGCAGAGGCGUCGCAGAAUCAGCAGCAGCCAGCGAAAGCGCUCGAGCAAACUCUUUCUUUAUCCCCACCACUGCGCAGCGCAGACACUGCUGCCAUCUGCAAUGGCGCUGCGCCGUCGCCCCCGACCCUGAAAGCGUGCGUCGCGGUUGCGUUCCCUUCCUCCGUGCCAUCUGAGGGCAGAAUUGCUUACCCCGCUCCGUCUCGAAAGGAAGCUAGCGCGUUCAUUUCCAUUGCCAAAAUGGAGCGCUUCUACUGA